CGACUGUCAUCUCCAUUUGCAUUUCAAUUGACAUAAUGCAAAAAAACAGCAUGUUGAGUAAUUAGACAUAAAAUUUUUGCCAUGGAUUUCGCUCGUAAGCAGUUAGAAAAAUACGGUUGGUCUGAAGGUAAAGGUUUGGGUAAAAACGAAGAUGGAAUAUCAGUGGCACUUAAACCAAAACUCAAAUUCGAUAACACAGGUGUAGGUCAUAAUGUAGGGGAACAAUUCACGAAUAAUUGGUGGGAAAAAAUAUUUAAUAACGCAUCUGAUAAUAUAGAUAUCGAAAUUGAUAAUAAAGAAAUUAGAAUGAAGCUCAAGUCUCCUGAUGCAGUAGAGAUUACAACAAAGGGGUAUUCAGUUAGAGACUUCAAAAGGAAUAGUAAUUUGGAGUAUGGUUCGUUUUUAAAAACUUCAAAAUUAUCGGGGAAUAGUAUGGAACACUACGAAGUUCCUAAAUUAAAUGAAAAUAAAAACAGUUUCCAAUCGCUUACGGAUGAAGAAUUAUUUGCAGCUUGUGGUGGAAGAACGGCUCAUAAAGGAGCUCGUCACGGUUUAAAAUUGAGUGGAAAGUUAUCUAGGAUUGAAAAACAGGAAAAGUUACUAUUAAAAAAAAUGAAAAAAAUUUCUCUAUCAGAUAGUAACCAAGAGAAAGUUUGUAUGGAAAAAAAAUUGAAGAAAAUAAAAAAACAAAAAGAACAAAAUCAAGAAAAGUAUACGCCGAUAGUGGAAGAUAGUAUGGAGAGUACUUCAUCUAACGGACUCAUUAAGAAGAAAAAACGAAAGAAUGUGUCUUUCAGUGAGACCGUUACAGUAGCUCCGAUUUAUAACGUGGAAGUUGAUACUAGUUUUGAAAGUGAAGGAGGUUCAACAAGAGACUACAGGAAUGAAACACAAACUGAAGCCGUUGCUAGCGGUUCAGAUGAAGGUAUAGAACAAGAUAUGAAAAAUAACAACAACGAAUACUCAGACAAUCACAGGAGCUUCGAAGUUGGACAAUUCAACAUAAAUGAUCUCUCUAAAGCCGAACGGAAGAAAUUGAAGAAGAAAAGGAAACUAGAAGCCAAACAGAAUACUUCGACUGGUUUAUUUCUACAAAAACUACAUAGUGACGAAUCAGAUACUAAAAACCAAAUGGACGGCUGUGAUGAAGAAGAAAAAUUCGUUAAUAUCAAAAAGAGGAAACAUUCGGUGACAAAAAUGGAUCAACACGACAAACACAAGAAAAAGAAAAACAAGAGGAAGAAACAGAAGAAAAUGGAAAAUAUAUUAUCCAUUAUGAGGUCGAAUAGUACGCAAAAGAUAAAUUCCAUAGUUGAAUCAUUGAAUACUUCAUGUCGCAUAUCUGAUAACGAAUAAUUCAGUUAUUCCAUAUACAGUGUGUCGAAUUUAAAGCGAAGAUAAUCCAAAUUUGAAGCUGUAAAUAUCCAUUCUUAUAUAUCUUGACAUAAAAACAAUAGGGGGGACCACUUUGAGAAUCACUGAUUUAAAUAAUGAUGCAGUUUGAUAAACAUCGGCUCCAAGCGAAAAUUUCUUAGCGUUUUCUUUACAAUUUCCAAUUAUUUACUUGAAAGUUCACAAUAACGAAUAUAAAGUGUAUUUAUAUGAUUAUUUUUUGUAUUUGUGGUGUAUUGAACAUUAAUGAGGAUGAUAAAACAAAAUAUUUAAUAUAGUAGUGAUGAAAAAAUUAUUUUUUCACGACUUAUCAGAGAUUUACCAACAAAUUUUUUUUCCUUACAGCUCUUGAGAACACUAUUUUCUAUUCCUAUGGCUAUUUGCAGAUAGGAAGCAAAAAUAUUCAGUAUACUCAACUUGUUAGCUUUUUGAAACCAAAAAAGUUCCAAAGUAUUAAAAAAUAUAUAAACAAACAACAAAAAUAUUAUUUUAAUCAUAUUUUUUUGAUAUAAUUAAUUGCUAUCUUAUAAAAUUUCAUAUUUGCGAUCGAAUUGAAGUAGUAUGAAUCAUUAAAAAUCACUUUAAAUCAAAAAAAGUUGUUUACCUCUUUUUAGUUGUUAAAAAAACUUAUUUAUUUUGAUAAAAAUCAUUUUAUCCCUCGAUAAAUACAUAUGGCGCUUUUAUAAAUCUUUUUUCAUACGAUUCUCCCUUUAAAAAUCCGUUUUAAGCAUAUUUUUGAAUAAAAUAUAUAAAGAGAUGAACAGCAUCCAUGCUUACAAGUCGGUAGCACAAUGCCAACUGACGUUUGACUUUAAUGGCGGAAUCUGUAGUGCGAGAAUUGCGCAGCCGCAGUGCAUUAUCGCUUUCCGAUGUUUACGUGGCGUCUAUACAGAGUGGAAAAAAACUACUAGCUUAAUUUUAUUUGUGAAAAGUUUAAUUACAUUUUUUAUAAUGAAAAUUUUAACAAAAAUAUUCUAAAUUGUAAAGGUUAAUAAAUAGAAUCAUCUAACUUUGUUAUUACAAAAUUAGAAGCUUCUUAUUUUGGAUAAAAUUUUGACAACUUUGACUGAAAAAAUAUAAAAGUGAUUUCAAUCCAAUUGCUGGUUACAUGACAUAACCUCUUCUUCUCUGAUAAAUUUCGAACGAAUAACAUGGAGAUGUGUUCAUUUUAAAUGCGACAUACUGUAUAUCAUAUAAUAACUGGAAAAAAUAAUAAAAAAAAGUGCAUUUAUUAUAUUGUAUUGGAUGAAAUUUUGCUCGUCUAGGGAAUUUCAAAGUAAACACUUUAAUCAACUUGACGAGUAUAUACAGGAUGGCCCAAUACAAUUUUCUUUACACAUAAACCCACGAGAUGUUUUGUUGGUUGUAUUUCGAAGCAAUUCGGUCAGAAUUUUAAGUUAUAUUUAUACUGAAAACUUAAUACAGAUCUCGGAAGGUUCCUAACAAAAUUAUUGUACCACAAGUAGUCCAAAGCUUUAUUAAUAUCAAUAAAUGUGGCAGUGGAAUGGUUAUUGGUUGAAAAUGAACGAUUUCGACACUUAUUGGUAUCGAUUGGAUGUGAUUAUAUCAGUUUGGUACAUUCUGACGUACCGAACGUAGUCGAAAGCCUUUUGGACAUCCAUGAAUUGGGAGAAUGUGUUGUUUUCGUUUUGUUGUAAAUUAAUUUAACAAAUGUAAAUAGUAUUGUAGUUAUAGAUUUUCUAAUUACACGAAAAGUGUGAAAAUUAUUCAAGAAUUCGUGUUGUGAUUAAAGAAUGCAUCAUGUUUGGGUAAUAAAAUGUUCCCAGGACUUGAUUUUUCGAAAAAAAAAAAUAA